AUGUUGCUGAUUUUCGUGGUAUUACUUGGCCUAUGCUUUGUCCCGUCACGGCAGGAAGAGUACGAAACCUCCACCACGGGCUCGUACUCCGAGCACCACGUCUACGGCCAUCAUAUGGAAUAUUCGGUGCAGAUGGGACCACAGACGGACGGGAAAGCGAGGGAUGAUGGCAGCGAUGAAUCGACCAAUAAUCUGGAGAACGACUUGAAAGAAAAGUACCCCCAUUUUUCGACGGAGAUGGACGAGCUGAUGCGGGAGGAGUCUGAGCAUCUACUGCAUCGAGUCUUCCAGAAAUUCCCCAUAUUUGACGACGCAUUUUUCGAGGCUAACCCACUUCCCAGCCGCGAGUGCAAAACGACGCUGAUACCCGAUAUUGAAGUCAGCCGCGAGGCCGUGCAGACGCGCUCAGGACGCACGAAGAAAGGGGGCAGCGGCAAGAUCAAGCGCAGCACCUCGACGGCCUCGGAGAAAAAGUCGAAAAAGACGAAAUCUCAGGGCGCCGUCGACUCGGGCCGCUCGGCCGCGGAACGUGGGCACAAGGAUGCGAAAAUGUCGAAGUGCCCGGUGGGCGACUCGGGAAAUUCAGGAAAGGAAAAGAAGAAGAAAAAGUCUGGCGGCGCAGGCGGCGGAGAGCCGAUUGAUCAGGACAACGACACGCAGGACUCGCUGAUUAGCCCGAUCAACCCCUCGAAAGACCCGGGCGUCUCCGGUGGACGGAUCAAGAAAACGAUGGCCAUGACGGUUUUUGAAAAAGUGGACGCGCCGAUGAGCCCGGCUGUGACCCACGUCGAGCGCAUUACGCCACCUUCAACUUCACAACGCUUGGCUGUUAUCUUCUUCAACGUCUUCCGUUUUCCAUGGGUCCUUAUUGGUGUG